AUGACAUUCAGGGUUCUGGAAAUAUUGGCAUAUUGCCCAUCUGCGUGGAUAAACGAAUUUGCUGAUAUCGUGGAUAGUAGUUCUACUGAUGGAGCAAGUGCAUCCACUCAUCCUCCACCCGUUGUUCAUUCAACGUCGAUAAAUCUUGGUAACCGUAAUUUGCUUUUUGGAAAGAAUCUCCUACUGAAUCGCGAUUUUGCUCGGGCAUCAUUUUUCCUGAAAAGGGCGAAGCUUGUUGGUCCUGUGGAACGUUUUCUGUACUACUGGAGCAAAUAUUUGUUUUGCGUUCGGACGCAUUUGGAAAAUGAAGCGGAGGCAAUCGAUAGAAAAGCAGUGGAGCACGGAGACGAUAGCGAUUUUACUAAAUUAUUACGAGAAAUCGGCCGAGAACCACGCCCACUUGACAUCUUCCUACUGUAUCUGUGA